AUUAUGGCUUACAGCGAUUUCCGAGGGCGUUAAGGACAAAAGAGAAUUUAGAAAAAGGAUCAAAAAUUGCGUGUGAAUAUUGCACAUGGAUAUUUUGUAUCCAUUUGACUUCCCUUUUUCACGCUAACCAUCUCGAAAGUUACCUUGCUGUCACUGUAUAGAAGUCCAGUGAACAAAAACAAUGGAACAAGCAAAAAACAGACCUAGUAGGCCACGACUCCGGUCUCACAAUAAUUCUGCUAGGGUACUUGUGUUUGAUCAAAAUGAAGCAGAAGAAACUGGCAGUAGUAUGGAAAUAGAAUUGCACAAACGUCCAGUACCAUCAAAAUUGGAGAGCAAGGAAGCACCAGUUCGGCCUGUUAGUGGAGAAUUAUCAAAUCUAGUUCGCAUGAGAAAUUCUACGAUAGGAAAGUCGGCACCUUCUCUAUCAGUUCAUGUGCGUGAUUUUAACAUUUCCCGUCGCGCUGCUAAAGCAGUUCAUCGCAAGUCUCUAAUCACAACCACAUCGCCUACCUUACCACGUUGCCAUUCACCUUUGUCAGCAUUCGUCCCAAUUAUAGGCAGUCCCCUAGAGAGCCCUAGGAUGUCAUCCAGUCCACAUUUUGCUUUUGCUCCAAUUAAAAGAAUUAGCGGAAGUGCUACAGGAAUUGGCGAUGGCAGAAGAUGGUCAGUUGCUAGUUUACCAUCUAGUGGCUACGGAACAACACCUGGUUCCAGUAAUGUUUCAUCGCAAUACUCGAGCCAAGAACGUUUACAUCAACUGCCAAAUGUUCCUACCAAGGACGAGUUACGCAUGCUGUCUUGUCAUUUCUCCAAGCCUGGGACACCAUGUUCCUCGCAUCCAGGCUUCCCAGGUUCCAGCAUAUCGAGUAUUCCAGGUAGUGCGUCUCUUAGCCUUGAAGAGGAAGGCCGUCGAUCGCCGUUACAUCGUCCACGUUCUCGAAGUUUAAGCAGUCCAAGUCGAUCACCUGUUCUUGACAGCGAAAUUGUUAUGAUGAAUACUUUAUAUAAAGAAAGAUUUCCAAAGGCAACGCAACAGAUGGAAGAACGAUUGACCAAUUUUAUUAAUGAAAACAAAGAAAUAGAUGAAUACGAGAUGGUGGCUAAUAUGACGCAGGAUUCAUUGCCAAUUUUACGCUUUGUACAUCAUCAAGUAAUCGAAAUAGCCAGAGACUGCUUGCAAAAAUCUCAGGAAAAAUUAAUUACAACGAGAUACUUUUAUGAGAUGAGUGAAAAUCUGGAGCACCUAUUGAUUGAAACGAAAGAUAAAUCUUUAGAAGCGGCAGCGAGAUUAACAGGACUAAUAAAGAAACUAUUGUUAGUUAUAUCACGUCCAGCUCGUUUGUUAGAGUGUUUGGAAUUCGAUCCUGAAGAGUUUUAUCAUUUACUUGAGCAGGCGGAAGGUCAAGCUAAAGUUAAUGCGGGAAUAAAAACUGAUAUUCCUCAAUAUAUUAUUACGAAAUUAUCCUUAAAUAGAGAUCCUAUAUCUGAGUUGCAGGAAGAUUUGAAUAAAUUGGAGGAUUCAGCGAGUUCUAGUGACAGUAAUCUGCAAAUAAUCUCGAGUCCGAAUAAAGACCAUGAUAAGUAUCAACGUAUCCCGUGCGAAAGUGAUUACGAAGUAUUGAAACUCAUUAGUAAUGGUGCAUAUGGUGCAGUAUAUUUAGUCAAGGAGAAGACCACACGACAGAGAUUUGCCAUGAAAAAAAUCAAUAAAAAUAAUUUAAUGUUGCGAAAUCAAAUGGAACAAGUGUUCGCUGAGAGAGACAUAAUGAGCUUUACAGAUAAUCCAUUUGUUGUCUCUAUGUACUGUAGUUUUGAAACCAAAAAACAUUUAUGUUUAGUAAUGGAAUACGUAGAGGGUGGAGAUUGCGCAAAUCUUUUGAAAAAUAUAGGUCCAUUGCCACCAAAUAUGGCAAGAUUUUACUUCGCAGAGACCGUCUUGGCUGUUGAAUAUUUGCAUAGUUAUGGCAUUGUACAUCGGGAUUUAAAGCCUGAUAACUUACUGAUCACUGCCUUAGGACAUAUUAAACUUACUGAUUUUGGCCUCAGUAAAAUGGGUCUAAUGUCCUUGGCAACAAAUCUCUACGAGGGUUACAUUGAUCGAGACACACGACAAUUCUCGGAUAAGCAAGUGUUUGGUACACCAGAGUAUAUUGCUCCGGAAGUUAUACUGCGCCAGGGUUAUGGUAAACCAGUUGAUUGGUGGUCCAUGGGUAUUAUAUUAUACGAAUUUUUAAUUGGCUGUGUUCCAUUCUUCGGCGAGACACCCGAGGAAUUAUUUGCUCACACUGUAAACGAUGAUAUUGAAUGGCCAGACGAAGACGAUUGGCCUGUUCAGUCCGAGGCGAAGGACAUUAUAACUGCUCUUCUACAUCAAAGCCCUAGGGAUCGAUUAGGAACCAGUGGAUCGCAUGAAGUCAAGGAACAUCCAUAUUUUUAUGGAGUUGAUUGGAACAGUUUACUUAGACAAAAGGCCGAAUUUGUACCACAAUUAAUUAAUGACGAGGAUACAAGUUACUUUGAUACUCGCAUGGAUAGAUAUAAUCACGACUUGGGCGAUGAUACAGAUGACACCGAUGAUUCUCCCUUAUUCGGAUCGUUCUCUUCUUACUCACCUCAAUCACGCAAGAUUUCGCAAACACGUCCGCCUCAGUUUAAUUCUGAUGUAGAGUUGGACGUUUCUAAGAAACAGUUGUUCCGUACAGAACUUGAAGGCACGUUUGCUCAAAUAUCCCUCGGAUCGACUGCGCCGUCAAUUCAAACGCCAUCCAAACUGACCGAUUCACAAUCUGCGCAAUUGUCUGAAAAACAUCGGUCAUCCUUCUCGUCGGUGAAGAAUAGUUCCUGUGUUGAGAAUCUGAACAGAGUCGACAAGCUCAAUGUCACAUCAUCUUGGUCUUGUGUAACUCCAAGCGCUACUAUGAUCUCAUCGAGCAAUGAGCCGCUAUCGGCUAUCGGUACUAUUAAGAGUACUCAGAUGGAAAGAACGUCGAUUAAUCUAAGUACGCCCGAUUCCUCGCAAACCGAGUCCGAAGAUAUUAGCCCUCAGAUCCAGAGGAAGCGUCACACACAUUCCCGUGACAAGCUGCCCAGGUUCAGUAUAUCCGUUGAUGAUGAAUACAUAUUGGAUUUCACAGCGACGAAUAAAGAUGCGACGGAAGAGAGCAAGCAUGAUUCCAGCACUGAUUCUUUUGAGUCCUUCAGUGGCAUACCUGUGUUACCAUCCGUCCGACAGAAAUCUCGAUCAGUUAUCAAAUCCGCUUCAACCAGUGGAUUGUCAUUAAUGAUACCGACCAACGACUUUUCCUAUGAUGCGCCAUUGAAUGUUCAACCUAUUGAAUCGCCUGGUGGAUCGUCAACUGCAUCUUCGAGGGAUACCUCCCCUUGCCGCGAACUGAGUCCUCUUGUGACUAGUCUGAAACCGCCCAUUAUUAUUCGACGAGGACCAGGCGGCUUUGGCUUCACAGUGCAUACCAUCAGAGUUUACUACGGCGACAGCGAUUUCUAUACUAUGCAUCACCUCGUAAUGGAAGUGGAACAGUCGAGUCCGGCGUUUGAAGCAGGUUUGAGACCUGGCGAUCUAAUAACUCACAUAAAUGGUGAAGUGGUACAAGGUUUGAAUCAUACCCAUGUUCUGCAUUUAAUGCUAAGCGGCGGCGACCACGUGACGUUACGUAGUACGCCACUGGAAAAUACUAGCAUUAAAACCGGCGGUAGAAGGCGCAAUCUUGCUCAGAGUAAAUUGGCACGCCGGACGCUACACAAGCAACGAAAACAGAAACGGGAUCAUUCGGAUAAAAAGCGGAAGACGUCCCUUUUUAAGAAAAUAAGUUCCAAACGGGCAAGCGUAGAAAUGCAGCAGCCAUUAACUAUCAGUUGUCCAUUGUCAGCACCCAUUUUGUCCAGCGACAGCAAACCUCCACUUAUGAUGGCCGCAGGAAUUUGUUCGCCUUCGAUGGUCACACCCAGCCGAUCAUUUCAAUCGUUCACUCGAUCGCAGGAGACAUCGUCACCGUACUUUACGGCAUGUUCAAAGUCUGUCUGUAGUCCAUCCCCGCCGACGAAUCGUACCACAGACUCCUAUCAUUCUACAGGAAACUCAAGCCCUUGUUCAAGCCCAAGUUCUUCAUCUCCAGGCUCGAACACGACCGCGGGAAAUUUGUCGAGCAUCUCGAAUCAGUCACACUAUCAGCGCCCAAGCACUCUCCACGGUCUCAAGCAUAAAUUGCACACGGCCGCAAAAAAUAUCCAUUCGCCGAAUCGCAGAAAAUCCGUAGGUCACAUACCGUUGUCACCGUUGGCCAGGACGCCAAGUCCAUCACCGAUUCCCGCCAGUCCGACAAGAAGUCCGAGUCCGCUGGCGUUCCCCACGGGCCAUCAGCCUGGUAGUUCCAACACUACACAAUCGUAUAGUCCAGGGGCAUGUUUAGGGGGAACGUCAAAUAGCCAAAAGAAAGGAUAUGGUCGUCCAAAAUCUGCAGAACCGGGUUCACCGCUGCUCCGACGGGCACUCAGUCCCGAUCGACUUCACCCACGCUCGGCGGAGAACAAGACGUCAAUAUCACCGCUGGCGAAUACUGUGAUCAAGGUGACACCUCGUGUGACUAUCGCUCAGCCGUCUUACAAUAGUAGCGAUACCUGCUCUGAUGAGUCCAACGACAAUUUCAAGGAGACCAACGAGGGUAUGAAGAGCGAGAAAAAAGUGUCAAGUGAACAAAAAGCGGACUACUCUAAACUGACUCAUAAUAUAUCUAUCAAUUUAGGAAACGUAAGCAUGUCGAAUUCUUGCGGUAGCACGCAAUUGCCACGAAUAGCCGAAGAGAAAGAUUCUCCAACGGGCACUAAGAGUGACGACUAUUCGUCGUCGAAAGAAAUCAGUGCCGAGAAGAGCGAUAAACAACAAUCGACGUAUAGCAGUAGUAAUAAUCAGUCCCGGGACGCAGAGAAAGUUCACAGACAAAAUAAACACCAAGCUGCCAGCGGCAGCAAGGUAUUGCAAUGCGAUGAAAAAGAGGAGACUACUGUUCAGCUCGGUGUUUCGCAUUUGAAUGUGCAGCAGACAAUUGAUGCCACGAGUUCACAAAAGAACGAAGAUCAAAGACAUUGUCAAACCAGCGAAAAAUCUGUCGUAACAACGAUAUUGCACAAGGCGCUUGUCGCCGAGCAGAAGAGCACUAACAAGGGAAAUGUAGAAGUUCACCAGGAGAUUAAAAAGCUAUCCAAAAAGUACAAAACCGACUCCGAUGGUGUCCAUUCGAGCACGCAUGAGAACAAUACAAAGCUUGGGAGAGAUAAGAAGAAUUAAUUUCGUGUUUUUUGAAUAGAUUCAUGAGAGAUCUUUAAUCUUUUCUAAGACCCGUUUUACUAUAUGUCGCAUGUCGCUGUCGGAUAUUAAACAUAUACUUAGAAUUGUCGUUUAAACUAAUAGGCUUAAGUGAUAAUCCAAUAUUCAUGUGUCGACAGCAAUAUACGAUGUAUUGGAUAUUUUCCAUUUAGUGAUACAAAUUGACACUGUCGUUCUAUCUUUGUUACUUAUUAUAAUACCAUUAGAGUAUAACCAAAAAAGAUAGAACGAUUGCUUGUUUCAACUUGUGUUACUAAAUAGAAAACACCCGUUGUAGAACAGGCCUAAAAUAGCCGAGGGCUUUGAAUUACCUGUAUGUUAAUCAAAUGUGAAAUAAGGAGAAAGUUAUCCUUUGCAUGAUUUGAAAAACUUUAUCGAAUAGAUGCUAAUUAUCAUAUGAGAGAUAAGAGACUAAUCAAAAGGAAAAGAAAAGUAAAGAAAAAACAGAAGAAAGAUCACAGAUUUUGAAUUUGCAGUCAAAUUUCUCUAAAGGUAAUCUUUGUUUUUGAUAUGAUCUUCAUAAAAGUUACUUCGUGACCUGUAUAAUAAUUUCCUCUCUUGCGUUGAUUUCUCACCACAUGCUAUCAUUAAGAAUACGUAAAUACAUGCGAAGAUAGUAAAUAAGAUUAUGGUGCUAUUAAAAUUUCGUUUGCGCAAGGGCCGUUACCAAAAAAUUUGAAUAAAAGAAGUUACUUUCAUGGAGAUCGGUUGAUUCUAACAGAUUACUUUUAUGAAGAGUUUGACCAUAUAUAUCUUUAUGAAAUCUUUAUGGAAUUUCUAUAUUCAAACUUAUAGGCUUCCGUCAAAUAAAUACCUGAAAGCGAUUUAAAUACUUAUAUAUAUUUCCAAGAAAAAGGUUUAAUCUAUUUCCGUAAAAUAUAAUAUUUGUCAUGUAGUCAAGGCAUACUACAAAACCUUUCAAACAAAUUUACACAGAUGAGAGAAAUAUUAUUUUAAUUGUCGAAACGCCAAAAUCGAAGUUUCUAACUCGAAAUCAUAAAACCAUAUUGAUGUUGCUCUAACAGUGAGAUGAUUGGAGUGAUUUUAUGCUUCAGGCUACAGUAUUUAUACGAUCUCAUUUAUAUUUAUAUUUAAAUAAUAUUAGCGCACGUGCGCUCACACACACACACACACACACACACACACACACACACACACACACACGAGUAUUUAAUGGCUCGCAUACAAUAUUCUAUAUAUGUGAAAUAAUUUUAUAGAAUAGAGUAUUUAUUUUUGAAGAGAAGGAGAUGAUAAAAGCAAAGAGAAUCUACUAUGCUAUUUUGUUGCAAUGGUUUAUGUAACAUGUAUACAAGAUGAUUUUGUUGCGCAUGAUUAGUAAAAUUAUAAAGCAAUAAUAUAUUUACGACAGAACGUAAGAAAUUAAACGAUUUUUACGUGAAUUUUUCGAUAUAUUAAUAUUAUCUUGUUGUUGAUUGUAUUAAGAAUGUAUCAUUCAUACAGUCCCUGCAAAAUAAAAUAAAAUUGGAAAUGUGUUAAUAUUUAUAUUUUAAAUAAAUGUAAGAUAAAAAGUA